AUGACAUCAAACGAAGCCGCCUGGAUCAAGAAACCCGGCGGGUUGAUUGAGGUAGAGACCGUUGAGAAAUGGAUUCCAGACGGUGUUGAACUUUUGGUCCGGGUUGAGGCUGUUAAUUAUAACCCAACUGACGCGAAACUUCGGAGGUCUGAUUUAUUUCAACCUCAAUUCCCGCUCAUUGUUGGAUUCACCUUUGCGGGGACCGUUAUCUCUACUGGACCUGAUGUCAGUUCGGUAAAGCCCGGCGAUCGAGUAGUGGUAGCCCGAUGGGGCCAGGCUGGAACUGAUAACAAGUUCGCGGCGCUGCAGAGAUAUGCACUGGCGCUGGAGGAGAACACCUUGAAACUCGAGCCAGAGAUCACCUUUGAAGAUGCCUCGGGGGUUAUCGCCAACUUAGCUACCGUUGUCUCCGCUCUCAACAUCUAUAUGGGCCUGUAUGGCGGAUCAUCAGCAGUCGGCGGACUGGCUGUCAAGUAUGCUACCGAUGCUGGAUACGAGGUCGUGACCACCUCAUCGUCGGCGAAUAAGAAGCUUGUGGAGGAGCGCCACGCAGCCCAUAUUAUCGAUCAUUGCCAGUCGAAAGAAGAUAUUCUCCGGGAACUACGGGCCCAUGGCCCUUACGAAGGACUCUUCGAGGCCAUUGGCUCGCAGACGACCACAUAA